CACUGCCGGCAGCGCACGCGCAGCGGGGGCGGUGUCUGGGGCAAGUCUCCCCAAUGUAAGAUGGUGGCCGGGCUGGCAGCGGAGCGCCCCGAGCUCGGAGAUCGCCCGUCCCUCGCGUAAAGGUCGUCAGAGCAGCUGCCUGAGCGCCCGACCGGCCGCCGCCGCACGUCCUGCUCCAGGAGCGCCGCUGCGGGUUUCUCCCCUUCGCUUCUCUCUUUCCUCGCCGCCUCUCUCCUUCCCUCCCCACCCUUCUCCUCCUUUUCCCCUCGCCUCCUUUCCCACACGCUCACUCAGUCACCCGCCCGGCCGCCCCCGCCGUGCCGAGCAGCCUGAGAGGGAGAGCCGCGCACACGCACCGCGGGCCGGGCAGGCAGGAGGAAGGCGGAUCUUCAAGUGCUGACCUUCUUGGUCUAUUAAGUUAUUAUAAAAUUUUGCUGCUCUGUGAACAUAUAAAGAUGUCUCGCAGCCCUGAUGCUAAGGAAGACCCUGUGGAAUGCCCUCUUUGCAUGGAACCUCUGGAAAUUGAUGACAUCAAUUUCUUCCCUUGCACCUGUGGCUACCAAAUCUGUCGUUUCUGUUGGCAUCGUAUUCGCACUGAUGAGAAUGGACUUUGUCCUGCUUGCAGAAAGCCAUAUCCAGAAGAUCCAGCAGUAUACAAACCACUCUCCCAGGAAGAGCUGCAGAGGAUAAAAAAUGAAAAGAAACAGAAACAAAAUGAGAGGAAACAGAAGAUAUCAGAGAAUCGCAAACAUUUGGCCAGUGUACGUGUUGUACAGAAGAACCUUGUCUUCGUGGUAGGGCUUUCUCAGCGCCUAGCAGAUCCAGAGGUUUUGAAACGACCAGAAUAUUUUGGAAAGUUUGGUAAAAUACAUAAAGUUGUCAUUAAUAACAGCACAUCAUAUGCAGGCUCACAGGGUCCAAGUGCCAGUGCAUAUGUAACCUACAUCCGGUCAGAAGAUGCCCUCAGAGCCAUACAGUGCGUCAAUAAUGUGGUGGUAGACGGCAGAACACUUAAGGCAUCCUUAGGUACAACAAAAUAUUGCAGUUACUUUCUAAAAAAUAUGCAGUGUCCAAAACCAGACUGCAUGUAUCUACAUGAACUAGGUGAUGAAGCAGCCAGUUUCACAAAAGAAGAAAUGCAGGCGGGUAAACACCAGGAAUAUGAACAGAAACUACUGCAAGAACUAUACAAAUUAAACCCAAACUUUCUCCAAUUAUCUACGAGUACAGUUGACAAGAACAAGAACAAAGUGACAGCACUGCAGAGGUAUGAUGCACCCAACAGUAAUAACAAAGAUGCCUGGCCAUCAUUACAGAGUUCAAGUAAAUCAGCCAACGGUUUAACAAUGGAACACAGGAAAACGCCUCCUAUAUUAGAAAAUGGCACAGACCCAGAACACAUGACUCCAGAUGGUGCAGACUCAGAUUUCGGCCCUAUCGAUAAACCUUCAGAUUCCCUCAGUAUAGGAAAUGGUGACAGCUCUCAGCAGAUAACAAACAGUGACACACCUUCACCACCACCUGGUUUAACAAAACCCAAUCCAGUUAUACCCAUCAGUUCAUCUAAUCACAGUACACGGUCUCCUUUUGAAGGGGCUGUAACAGAAUCCCAGUCACUCUUCUCUGACAACUUCCGGCACCCUAACCCCAUCCCUAGUGGGCUUCCUCCAUUCCCCAGCUCUCCACAGACUUCGAGUGACUGGCCCACAGCACCAGAACCACAGAGCCUCUUCACAUCAGAAACUAUACCAGUAUCUUCCUCCACAGACUGGCAAGCAGCUUUUGGGUUUGGUUCCUCCAAACAGCAAGAAGACGACUUAGGGUUUGAUCCCUUUGACAUCACCCGCAAAGCCUUAGCAGACCUGAUUGAGAAGGAACUGUCAGUCCAAGACCAACCUUCCCUUUCGCCCACAUCUCUUCAGAACCCUACCCCACACACUACGACUGCCAAAGGGCCAGGUUCUGGAUUCCUGCAUCCUGCUGCACCCACAAAUGCCAACUCUCUCAGUAGCACCUUUCCAGUCAUGCCACAGAGGUUUCCACAGUUUCAACAGCAUCGAGCAGUUUACAACUCCUUCAGUUUUCCGGGCCAAGCAGCUCGCUAUCCUUGGAUGGCCUUCCCACGCAAUAGCAUCAUGCACUUGAACCACACAGCAAAUCCCACCUCAAACAGUAAUUUCUUGGACUUGAAUCUCCCACCACAACACAGCACAGGUCUGGGAGGGAUCCCUAUAUCAGACAGCAGCAGUUCUGUAGAGAGUUUAAAUAUGAAGGAAUGGCAGGACGGGCUAAGGGCACUUCUACCGAACAUUAACAUCAACUUUGGUGGACUGCCCAAUGCUUCUUCCCCCUCCAACGCCAACCACAGUGUACCAACGUCCAACACUGCCACCACCGACAGCCUGAAUUGGGACAGCCCUGGCAGCUGGAUGGACCCCGCAAUCAUCACAGGUAUCCCAGCCUCCACAGGAAACAGUUUAGACAGCCUUCAAGAUGACAAUCCUCCACAUUGGCUAAAAUCUCUUCAGGCUCUCACAGAGGUGGACGGCCCCAGUGCAGCACCAUCACAGACACACCACAGUAACCCCUUCGGCACACAGAUCCCUCUGCACAGAGCCAGUUGGAAUCCCUACUCUCCUCCUUCAAACCCCACCAGUUUCCAUUCCCCACCUCCAGGCUUUCAGACAGCCUUCAGACCCCCCAGUAAAACCCCCACAGAUCUACUACAGAGCUCAGCGCUGGAUCGUCAUUAGGAAAGGAGGAAAAAGAAAAAAAGAAAAAAAAUAAGACCCAAAACGUUAGAAAUGCAGGAAGUGUCCCACCCUGACUCCUCCCCAUGCCCACCUACUGUUCCCUGUCAUAUCUUUCUUUCUGAAGAAUCCAGUUCCUGAUCAAACUUCCCCCCAAAUGCAAUGCCAUCACAGGGUCAUGACCAUUCUUUUUGUUAAGUUUCUGCAGAACCGGUGUUUGAAAUACACUGUUUGAAAUAUUUUCUAAGCAUUCUAAGGAAAAAAAAAAAAAAGAGAGAGAGAGAGAGAAAUCAAAAUGCAGUCUCAAUGCUUAAGGAGAAUAUUACUGUCUUACAUCUUUUGCACAUGAGUAUUUCUGCCUAGUAGAAAAGUGUCAAUCUGCAGUAGGGGAAAAAGUGCAAUGCAGAAUCAAAGGAAAGAACAUAAAAAAGGUAUUUAAUUUAAAUGAAGUUACUGAACAUGUGGGGCAAGCAGUGGCCCAGCAUUUAUUUUGCAUUCAGUGUGGCACUACACAGGGAAAUUGCUAUGUUGGGGUUGGUUGGUUUUUUUGGGUGUUUUUUUUUUUUGAGCAGGGGAUUUUAUUGCAUCAGUCAGAGUUUGACAUGACCUGUGUUGAGAGGCAAAACACUUAUAGCUAUGAGUAACUGGCAUGUUGCUAAAGAGUGGUUUAAAGAGGGGAGAAUAAGAUUUUUCUUUAAUUUUGGCUUUAGAUUUCAAGUAAACUUUAAUGUUUUAAAAGUAUUCACAGAUUUAAUACCUAGCAUAUACGUAAUAUAAUUAUAAGCAGCUGAAACACGAGUGAUAUUUACUUCAGUCUUUCUGUCUCCUCUGUCAGUCUCUCUUUUUUUUUUUUUUAAGAUUCACCUGAUUAGGGCACUCUGGGAUAGCACUGCAUUGGGGCCACAUGAUCACCAUCAGGAGCAACCUCUGACCUCUGCCUGCAGCUUUUACUUAACCCUGUAGUUUCUGGACAUUUGUGCAGUAUUGAAAAGACAGGAAAAAAGAAACAGAUGAAUAAACAUGGUUAUAACCUGACGCUAAAACUAAAACCAAGGAAAUGUACCUCUUUCUUCAGAAUUAAAACUAAAAUCUUAAAUAAAAAAGAAAACUUGAUGAUGA